UCGGCUUAGUUGGGCGGGCAUACAGCGGAAGCGACGGACUGGUUCAGCAGCCAUUGAUGCGCUUUAUUUCCAAGAGGACAAACCGAGCUGAAUUGUUCCUUCGCUGACUGAAGCCAUGGUGUCUCACUCUGUCGCUCUGCCGAUGAUCUGCUUCACCACGUUAUGGGGGCUGGUGGGAGUCGUGGCCCCGUUUUUAGUGCCCAAAGGACCCAACCGCGGAGUGAUUGUCACCAGUCUCAUCCUCACAGCAGUCUGCUGCUACUUGUUUUGGUUGGUCGCCUUUCUGGCCCAAACCAACCCUCUGUUCGGCCCUCAGCUGAAGAAUGAAACUAUAUGGUACCUGCGCUACUUCUGGGAGUAAAUAGGGACUGUGUGGUGUGAAGCCUCUCAUCAUUCCUGUCCCCUGGUUUGCUGGACUUAAUUUCAACAUUACCCCAAACACACACACACACACACUUCCAAUCUGCAGAAUUGAUGGAUUAUUUCAUAAAUGACCACAUUUCACAACCCUAAAAGUCAGGAUGAGUGUGGAGAAUACUUCAGAAUAAUGUACAGUAACUGGAAUAUAAGAUUUACAGUUUAUUAGACAGAUGUGUGUUUGUUUAAAGUUGCAACUGACAGCGGGGGCAUGAUGAUGAAAGUGAAACCGCUGUUAGGAGUAGACGUUAAUCUCUCUUCUCUAAAAUGUGCAAUCCUUUAGUUCACUCUGUGUUUGUUUACAUUUUUUUUUUUUGGUUUUGUGUCGCUGCCAUCAGGGAACAUAAAUUUGUAAGUGUAUUUAUUUUGGCUUGCGGACACUGAUGCAAGCUUGUUGUAAUCACCUCAGUGUCCACACGGUCUUGUUAUAUAACUGUUAUUAUCUGUGAUGUAAUGGUGUGUGUGUGUGUGUGUGUGUGUGCGUGUGUGAAUAUGUGUGAGUGUGUGAAGAGUUCAUUAGUGUGAGUGUUUGGACCGCGGCCAUGAGAAUCUCCUAAAACUGUAAAAGUGAAGAGCGAUUCCCUCCACUUUAGACCACUUCAGCUUGAAGCUCCCUCCCACAUUCCCCUCAUGCUCCACGCCGCGGAGGUCCUCGUUGCCAUGGUGAUCUCAUCACCCAAUUCAGUCCCUCUCCACUCGACCCCGUUUGAUGAAAUCCUGCCCGUUCUCGCCUUCAUGUGUACAGACGUACUGUAGCUUGUACUGUACAUGAUUUUGGAGCGAAGCUGCCGAUGAAUUCUCUUCACUUCUAACGCUCCCUCACAUUCUGGCAAAAGUCUCACAGUUUUCCUCAAUUUAGACUCUGGCAAAGGAAUUCUUUUAGGGUUAGCAGCUCUUUAAGCUUGAGCGACCCCUCACAGCUCUCAAGUAGCCGGCCUUAGAACGCAUUCAUUCACCAGAAAACAGAGCAAAAGAAGUACAUUUGAAAAAAGAAAAGGCGCAUGUUUUUCAGCCUUCUUCAGUCACUGUGGUUUAGAAUAAACCUCAUUGAAUUUGAUCUUUAGUUAAAGGCAACAAGGUUGCUGUAUGAGAUCAGCGUGUAGGGCUGCACUAUUCAUUACAUUUUGCAGUUAAAAAAUAAGGAAUACAUUCAAAACCAGCUGCAGAAAAUACAAUGGAUUCAAAAGAUCCUAAAUAUUCUGUAGAAUAAUUUUAUGAAAUGAAAGCUUGACACAUACGAUCAUGUAGUCACGAUAUCAGCGGAAAAUACCAUCUGUAUGCAUGCAUUCUGGAGUGGAAGAAGUUGGCAUUUCAUUCUCAAUAGAUCAAGGCCUUCUCUUUUGGCAGCGAUUCUUCUGUCAGUCUGAUUACAUUGAUAACACAAAAAGCACUCAGAGAGUGCAGUACUCCUCCUAGGCUACUCAUUCCCCAUAUGGCAUUGUCAGAAGUGCAGCAUUUUUUUACUAGUUAUUGAUGAUCAGAAAUCACGGCAACAUAGAACGUGGCCAUGUAAUAUACAGGGCGUCCUCAGUUUAUGAUGUCCUCAGCCUACAGCGUUUUGUCUUUACGUUGGAACUGGUUGCUCUGUGUGGAACUAGUUGGCAAGCGGAGUGGAAGAAUACGUUGUCACACGACGCUAUGAGAGGAAGACGGCUUUGUUUUCAUUCGCUGGUUGUACGCCAUGUUGAUUAUGCUACAUUCGCUAACUUUUUGCCCUUCAUUAUGAUCGAUUUCAUGAAGCACAUCAUGUGAGUUCUGACUGACGGUGAAAAUUCACUUAUGUCGCACCAUAGGAACAGAACUCCGACAUAAGUUGAGGACCCACAAACAAAAUGACCUUGCGCUGAGCACAGGUGUGUGUUAUGCAUGUGUACGAUAUGUACGGAUACUGAAUCGCGUGACCUAAACGUGUAGCGGGCGGUGGGAAUUCAUGAGUCUCAGAAAUAUCCCCAAAAUUGUAUGAAUUUUUCCUUGUAUCAUUUCCGACGAUAAGUCCUGAUAAGUCUGCAAUGGUUGAUUUGUAGUAGGAUCACAAUCUUGUGAUCGUCAACAGGCAGCUGAUGUAGCGUUCACUUGUCAUAGUUACAGCGUAUCAUUGCGCUAGGAAAUGGAAAUCUUUAAUGAAUCCAUGGAUCCAGACUAAAAGCCGCAUCACUGGUGAAAUCUAAUCAGUUGGUCCUUGUGUCAUUUCUGACCUUCCCUGAAAAUUUCAUCCAAAUUCGUUAGUCAGUUUUUGAGUAAUGUUGCUAACAGACAGAUAGACGGACAGACAAACAUACACUGAUUGUACAUAGGCAUAGGCACCAUAUUAUGACAGUAAUGUGGUGAUUUGGGCCCACAAAUACUACUGUUUCCUUUACCUUCCAAACAAGCAGUGAAAAGCUAUCCUGUUUUUUUUUUAUGCAUUUGCCUUGUGGAAGAUGCAGAUCUGCUGUCACACCUGCCGCCUCCAGAUGCUUUAAAAGUCUCUUCUGCCAGCCACUACCACAGUUACACCUCCAGUCUCCUCUCCCCAUCUCCAGCCCUCACUCCCUCACUCCCUUCCUAUCCUCCUCACCACUCACCCUCGCUCUCCUCCUCUCUAAAACCACUUUGCUUCAGCCAAAAAGAAUCAAAAUCAAAAUACAGCUACUUUUUAGAAAGACCAAAUUGCGUUGUAUCUUUUCCCCUUCAGCCCUUUUCCCGUAGUUGUGGUGGUGGCUUGUGUCUGAAAGUGGACGUUAACUGUGUGCCGUGCAGUAAGUAAUAGGGACCAGUGUCAAAUGGAGCUAAAGUUGACUUUGUUGCAGAUGGAAUUCAGUUUCAUUCCAAGUAAAUGCGAACACAUUAACAAAACCUGCUCACAAGUAGCUCAAAUUUUGGACACAGUUUUGCUAGCUCAUUAAUGUGGAAGGUCAGAAAUGUUGGUGUUGGCAGAGAGUCAAAGCAAACCUGAAACCAGGUCAUGUAACUCAAGCUCAGUGCUGUGCUCAUACCGUCUGAGUGCUGUGGUUUUGCUUUCGCUUGGUUUCAUUCUCUUUCUGACUAUUCACUGCUAGUUAUCACAUGUACCCAUAAACCCUUGUGUGUUGGGUGUGCUUCCUGUGGUUGUUCAGGACUCCGUUCCCAAACCCACUCAUCAGCAAACCUCCUAGAUUUUGCUUGAAGACGGACAUCGUCAAUGAGUCAUUGGACACCAAAUGGCAUUGUUCCUACCGAGCCAAACAGACUGGACUAACGAACAGAACAGUCGAGACUUUGGAUAACCCCUUCAAAACAUGCUGAUUGUGAAUGCAUCCUAAAUUUUGUGAGUUUCUUUGCCUUUUCCGAUGAAUCCGCUCAGUUCUUUUCGUAGCUGGCUGCUGUUCAUCUGUUAAAUGUUCCUGGCAGCGGAGAUGGAGAUUUUUUUUAGUGUGUUAAGAAUCACCAUGGUAACAAAAAUCUAAUAAAUCACAGAUCUAGUUGUUGAUGGAGAUGAGAUGUGACCUUGUAUUAGUGUGAAGUAAAUGCUUCUAUGUCGGUGGCAUUGUAUUUAAAAUACCCAAUAAAACACCCUGUCUCAUCUGG